CCUUUACUGUCAAAGUAAAAAUUCAGUUGGAAAGAGCCUUCAAAAUACUAACAUUUCACGACUAUUUCAGUUUCAUCCCACUAUUUCGGGCAAGAGGAUGAGUUUGAGUGAGAUCUGCGACAAUACCAAAAUGGGCCGUGAGUACGCCCUAUUGGGGAACUACGACACUGCCUUGGUGUACUACCAAGGGGUGGUUCAACAGAUACAGAAGGUCAUCGCCCAGAUUAAGGAUCCCGUGAGAAAACAGAGAUGGCAACAGGUUCGACAAGAAAUUGUGCAAGAAUAUGAACACGUGAAAGACAUCAGUCAAACAUUAGCCAACUUCAAAAAGGACACUGUUCAUUUUGGAGGCAURAGACAUCGCCAUGAGGAACCUACUAGAGAUCCUGAUGUCUGGCCACCACCAACACCUGUAGAGAGAGAUAACAGACCAGCCAAGCCAAUGCCACGCCCUGUGGUCAAGAAGAGUGAUGAUAAUUCUCCAGCAUAUAGGCAUGCACCCCCAAGCCGACGCCCUGAGAAGCCAAGUGAGAGAGGUGCAAGGAGAUCUGCUAACCCGAGUAACAAACCAUCAAGGGAUGGCCGAAGAGAUGCAGGUAGAGGGCAGCCAGGAAAGGGGGACAAGGAGAAAGGAAAGAAAGAAGAGAAAGCACAGGAAGGAGAUCAUGAUGAAAAGAAGUAUGAUGGUGGAGGAAUAGAUAAGGACUUGGUGGAGGCACUAGAACGAGAUAUUGUACAACGCAAUCCCAAUGUACAUUGGGGUGACAUAGCAGAUCUUGCCGAGGCAAAAAAGCUGCUGGAGGAAGCUGUCGUUCUCCCUCUCCUUAUGCCGGAGUACUUUACAGGAAUCAGACGGCCAUGGAAGGGUGUUCUUAUGGUGGGUCCUCCAGGAACUGGUAAAACAAUGCUGGCAAAAGCAGUAGCAACAGAAUGUGGAACAACCUUCUUUAAUGUCUCUUCCUCAACACUGACAUCAAAGUAUAGAGGAGAGUCAGAAAAACUUGUGCGAAUUUUGUUUGAAAUGGCACGUUUCUAUGCUCCAAGCACAAUAUUCAUCGAUGAGAUUGAUUCCAUUUGUAGUCGUCGGGGUACAGACAGUGAACAUGAAGCUAGCCGUCGUGUGAAGUCUGAACUUCUAAUUCAAAUGGAUGGUGUUGGUGGUGCAUCAGACGAUCAAGACUCUAAACUUGUCAUGGUUCUUGCAGCUACUAAUUUUCCUUGGGAUAUUGAUGAAGCCCUGCGCCGUCGACUUGAAAAAAGAAUCUACAUCCCUCUUCCUACAACGGAAGGACGGCUUGAGCUACUCAAGAUCAACCUACGUGGUGUACAAAUUUCAGAAGAUGUGUUACUGCAGGAAGUGGCAAAUAAGAUGGAUGGAUAUAGUGGUGCUGAUAUCACUAACGUUUGCAGGGAUGCAUCAAUGAUGGCAAUGCGUCGCCGUAUCAAGGGUCUCACCCCAGAACAAAUCCGUAACCUACCCAAAGAAGAGCUAGACCUUCCCGUCAACAUGGAGGACUUUGACAUGGCACUUAAGAAAGUCUCCAAAUCUGUUUCUGAUGCCGACAUCAAGAAAUACUUAGAAUGGAUGGAAGAAUUUGGCUCUACCUAAGUAAAAAUUAUUCAGUCCAGUGUCUAAGAAACUCUGAGAUUCAAAGAAUUCAUUAUUGGAUCUAUUCAUGGCUGUAAACAAUGCCGAUGGAAUAAGAGGAUUUAGUAGAUAUGAAUCAGCCAAUCAGAGCACACUAUUUGAUUACUGCACUCAUUCAUCUACUUUAUUUAGCGUGUGUGUGAAAAUUAAUAACGAACAUUGAAAAAUUAAAAUUACCAAUGAUAAGGAUAUUUCCUUGAAA